AGCUGAUGUCGAGAAAAUAGCAUACAAGAGAACGGUCAGAUACGUUGGUUGCUGAAGACUGUUGCUCUCCCGUGGCGGAGCAGGACGACCAGGAAUUGCUUCAUUUCUCAUCCAUAUAAGAUUCAAAGGUCGUGGGAGAAAUGGAGGUGUCCGGGUCCUCAGGACUGUCCCUGCUCAUGUCAGCUUACACUGAGUCCGCUCCUUCUUCCCCCGAGUCAGUUUACCAAGAUACUCUGGAGGACAAAAGUGAUCCGGAGUUUAGUGAAGAGAGGGGUUCGUCUUCAGCUUUUGAAGGAUCCUCUCAGGACGAGGAUGGAACAGAGGGUGCGAAGAAGCAGGAGGUUGUGGAAGAGGAGGUUGAGGAAAUGACUGAGGAUAUGUUUGAAAGUUAUGAUGGCUUCAUUGAUACUCCUCCUAAUAGUGUCAAAUCAAACAAGCACACUCCUCAUCGACAUUCAAUUUACGCAACGAAGGUCGUCGAACCGAAAGUUUCGGUAAAGACACUGGAGGAGACGAAAGUGAAGACACCUUUAGCUUUGGAGAAUGGUGGUUUUGUUAGAAUUGUUGAGUCUGAUGAUUCCCCUGCCGUGUCAGAACAGAUGAGCGAGACUAUGGAGGUAGUGGAGGAAGAAGAGGUAGUGGAGGGAGUCUCGGUUAAAACAGUUCAAGAGAUAUUUGCUGAUGAAGGAGAGUUCACUUUAAAUGAUGAAACUGCCAUGCAGGAUUCCAAGGUGCCGGUAUAUCAAAGCAAUGAUGCGAAUCCGGGAUGUUCCUCACAAGACGAAGAAGAAGUGAUGUCGAUUAACAAGUCCUCCUUCUCCAGGAACAACUCCCUUGGAUCCAUUGCUUCCUCAGCUAGAGUUGAUGACUUUUUCAGUUUCACUCAGGAAGACAGCAUGUCUUCACUCAGCCAGGACUCAGAUGCAUAUAAUGGAAUGCAACGUCAUGAUUCAACCCUCUCUAUGAUAUCAUCUACACCAAUAAUAAAGGAAGAGCUCAUCGAGUACACUGACGGAGCUGGGCAGUAUUUCUAUGUCCCUCCUGACGAGUCUGUUGACGCGUUUAAACCAGAUGGACCCACUUAUCUUCCAGAACAAGAAUUUACUGCUCUAGAUGCGAGCAUUCAGGAGGGAAUUGUAUGGAAUAAAAGUGACUACAACUUCUCAUCUGUGCUCCAUAACUUGGGCCUCGUUCACAAGGAUGCUGCUGAGAGUAUCUCUAAACUCCCCGCAAUCCAACGUAGCAAACUAUCUGUUCUGCUGAAAAGCUGGUCAAGUCAGAGGUCCUUCACUGACUGUCUUAUCGAGAUGACUGAUUGUGAUCAUUUCUACGAUCCCAUCGGUUACGAUACCGUAUUGGUCACGGAUCCUUGCAUGUCUGCAAAAUAUGACUUCCUCUCCGACGGUAUGCAUCAGGACGAAGUUGAGCGGAAACAGUUGGACGAGUUUUAUAACUUCACUGAAGAAAAGUCCUUCUUUUUCCAAAAGUGUAAAGUGUGCAGCAAGCUUUUCUCCAACACCUUCGGUUUGCGGCAACACAUCGCUCACAUGCAUCCGGGGAUUAAUAUGGAUGACAUAUUGAAGAAAGACGAGGGAAUAUUUUCUUGUUUAAAAUGCAAGAAAACAUUCAAUUCUCAAGCUCGGCUCAAAAAGCAUUUUCAGAAAAGUCACAUACCUAAAGCCUCAACUGACAUGAACUUCAAGUGCUCGCACUGCGGGGAAUAUUUCAAGACCCGAGUGCUUCUUCAUCGUCACACCUCGGAGAAGCACAGGAACCGCACCAAGACUGAAGCAGCUGAAUUGCACGAGCCGUGGUCUUGUGAAAUGUGCAAGAGCAUCUUUUAUAAGAAGUCCAACUUCCUGAAGCAUAUGCAAAAAGUGCAUGGCAAAAUGAAAGUUUCAGAACGUCUGCUCAAUUCAGCAAAGCUGUCAGCGCAACUUUCAGCCCAGCUUGUAAUCCAAAAGCAGAGGGAACAAUCGUCUCCUAAACCUACCAGGAUUAAAGAUGAACCGAAAGAAAAGAGAACAUCAUCGAGGUCGUCCAAGAAACUCGAAUUCUCUGAAGAUGACCUCCCUGAAAAGAAAAAACCUUCCAGCCAGAGAUCAACCCCGGUUCCUACAGAAAUCAAAGUGGAAGAGAAGCCAGAACCAGUGAUUGUGAAACCGAUUGAACUGUCUCCAGAUAAAGAGACCAAGGUGAACGAAAUCAAUGUGACCUGCCUCUUCUGCAAGCUUUGUUUUGUUUCCUACACGGAUCUUCAGCUUCAUUGUGCAGACGUUCAUCGCGAGGCCAACAAGAUAAUACUCUUGAAAAUGUUUACCAUCAUCGGUUCCCAACCUCAUGGUAUCAAUUUCCAGUGCAUACUGUGCACCAAGAUCUCGCCAACCCCGCCUAUUGCACUAGGCCACCUUGAGAAUGUCCAUCUUAGCGAUCACCCGGAAAUCUCUGAUAACACAGAGAAACCAAGUCCCCCAGUUGAGAAACCCUCUUACAUCAGUCCCAAACUCACUGAUUUCGACGGUUUGUCUCUUAUGUGUAGGUUCUGCCAGAAGACAUUCAAAAACUCGAAGAUAAAGCGGAAACAUGAGAAGUCUGUGCACAACGACCAGUCUAUUGUGUGUUUCUACUGCUUCAUACCGAUCCUGAAUAGGACCGAGCUGACCAAACACAUUAAAACAGAACACAGUGGGUCUAAAAGCUUGUUCAAGUGUCGCUGGUGCGAUGCCCACUUCACAUCAAUCCCCAAGAGGUGCUCUCAUAUGAAGGAGUUCCAUUCCAGCGAUGUUGCCAACAUCACAAACCGCACUGCUUCCCCCCUGAAACCAGUGACGGUCACUCCAGAGAAGUCAGCUGAGUCUCUGAAAGAAGAAAGUAACUUGUGUCCGAAAUGUAACAUAUCCUUCCCUUCUCUUGAGCUGAAGAACAAACAUGACCGUUACAUCCACAAUGAAGUUGAGAUAAACUGCUUGUACUGUUUUUCCUCCUUUAAAAACAAGGAGUCUUUAAUCCAACACAUUGCGGUGUACCACCUCGCUUACCACAAGAAGCCAUACAAGUGUAAGUGGUGUGAGAUAACGUUCGAGACACUCUACCAGCGGAGCCUACACAUGAAACACAGUCAUGAUGUCCUCUCAGCCUCAAGUUCUCCUGUCCCUGCAUCCGCUCCAGCUACCCCUAAUUCUGGCAAUGAUGAGAGUUUCUUGAACACUUCCUGUAACAAGUCACUGACUUUCUCUGAUGAGUCACUUCGGCAGCCCUCCUCCGUGUUUCCUAAAGAAACCUCUAAGUUGGUGAGAAACUGUAGGUUCUGCGAUGCUGAAGUAACAAGUAUGAUCCUCAAGAAGCAUCUCAUCGAACACCGACAGUGGGAUCACUUUGUCUGCAUAUUUUGUGAUAAGACAGUGCCAACCAUCGGUGGCAUCAAAUCCCACAUUCUGCGAAACCACCCCUUUAUAACAACCAGGAAGAUGGACCGGUCGAGCUGGGAAGUGACGACAUUGAGCGAGUAGCUAGCAUCGAGAGGUUACACAACUCGGACACUUCUUCAAGAGGGUGAAUGUUGUUGGGAUGAACGAGCCUCCUCCCCCGAGGAUAUCUCCAGAGUCGGAGAUCAUAUUUCCUUGCCAGGUGUGCUUCUUCCUCUUCACCAUCACCCAUCAUGUUGAGGAUCACUGGAGAGUUCACAGCGAUGAACCCAACGAAGAGUGGACCUGCACGUUAUGCGACGAACAGUAUGGAGAAUUCAGAAGCUUCAAGUUUCACAUUGAGAUGCAUCGAAACGAUGCCUUCACCUUCGCACAAUCCACUGUUGACAUUCAAAAUAUUUGCGGGUUCUGCAACAUUACCGUUGAGACCCAACAAUCCUUGGAUGGGCAUAUCUGAUCCACAGAUCAGUUGAACAGUUCAACUGUAUCUUCUGCAAAGCCAAGUCUGGUACAUUCCGUGAUAUGAAGGAGCACAUAACUCAGAACCACAUGAACACCCACGCCCUUCCAAACGACCCCUCCAGACACCUUAACGAGACUCCAUUCAACAGUUCCACCUUCAAGUGUUCUGUUUGUUUGAAGCUCUGCAACAACCAGUUUAAUCUAAACUCUCACACAAAAGCUCAUAUCCUUGGAGGAAAGCCCUGCAGUCUCUGUAAUUUCAAGUUCAAAGACAUGGCCACUCUGAAGAACCACCUGUUACUGGUUCAUGGUGCAGCUGAGGAGUAUAUAGCUGCCUUGGAAUCGAACACUGCGUCUAGAAGUGACGCCGUGGCAGACUACUGUGAACUGUGUGACAAGAGUUUUUCUUCACAGGGAAAGUUCCAGAAGCACAGAAAGGCUUGUCGUGAUAGAUUCAAGAUCAAAAACUCAAAUUCUCAAGACAAUGCCCUGUACUCACUCCUUGAAAACAGUUCCUCUUCUGAUAGAUCUAGACAGAACUCUGAGAUACAGCCCUCGGAAGGUAAAUCAGUCCCUCCCGUUGUCACCAUUACAGAGGACCACCAAGAGGCUUUUGACAAUGAGUCGGAGAACGAGAUGGGUGAGAGUAUGAACCAGAGUGCAUUGGACGAGCUUGAGAAUCUGCCUAUGGAAAUUCCGAUGAAGUCGACUACUGAUGGUGCUCUCUGUCCUUCACUCCCAAUCUCACCGCAUAGCUACAAUACAAGGAAAAGACCUAGACCUGAGUCUUAUGCAAACAUCAUCCCUGCAAAGAUGCUAACCAUGCCUUAUUCAGAAUACUCUAGACAAAACUGCAUCGUUCCUGUGCCAAAGAAGGAAAUAUCCCCUCCAAGAAAGAUACCUGCAACAGCACCCCUUGCGCCACAGCAUGAGAUCACAAAGUCAGUGUCGGCUCUUAGUGGAACUCCGUCCAUGGUCGCUAGAUCCCCAAACACUGUCUCAGUCACUGAUGUCAGUAAUUCUCGGUCUGAAGAUCCCCAGCCAGUCUCUGGAAGUGGAACUGAAACGAUGUACUGUGAUGUCUGCGAACUGAACUUCGCGUCCCACAAGCAACUCUACUGGCACAAACAUACUAAGAGACACCUAGCAAUGGAGUUGUUAGCUAAAGGACCUACCGCUGUGAGUCAUGGCAAACAUCUCUGCGAUCAGUGCGAUCAGGGAUACAACUGCAAGAAGCAGCUCCAUUGGCAUAAGAAGAUCGCCCAUGAUGGACGAACUAACAUCGCAGAGAUCGUUCUCCGUCAGCUUCCUCAGCCCCGUGUAGGUACUCUGAGGUCUCCAGAUGCCUUGUCUGAAAUCUUGUCAGACCCCAUGGGUGGGAACUUGUCAGUUUUGUCAAAACUAGCUGAUAAUGACGUGUCGGUAUCAAUACAACCGUUUACAGAGACCAAGCCUAUCAUUGAAGAUGAUCAUUCUGAGGUAGCAACUGAAACUCCUCAUCAAACAAGCACCCCAAUCAAACAAGAGAUGGAUUCAAGUUAUUCCCUCGUUGACCACCCUCAAGACUUUUCCACAAAUGCACUUGAAGAGAUAGAUGAAUCUAUUGUUUCUUCUAGGACGGAAGAAGCAGAAAAUCUUCCACCUUUCGCUACCCCGGAUAAGAGUCAAUCUAUUUUGGAUGUAAGCAACAAGAAAAGAACGCCUGGUGUCCCGAUUGCAGGUCCGUACGUCUGUGAACUGUGUAACCUUACUUACAAAUCCCACAAACAGCUUUACAACCACAAGAGAACCUUAUCUCACAUCCAACUUGCUAAGAAGUAUGAUCCGGGAUACAUGGAAGUAUACUACUCUUGCGAUGAGUGCCACAUCGACUUCCAAUCUUACAAACAACUGUGGAACCAUAAGAAAUCCCUUCAGCACAAAGAGAUCGCCGAGAAAAUGUUGAAUAACCCCAACUCUAAUGCAGAUCACUCAAAAGCCAGUUUUGGAGGUGAACGUGUCGAUGGUGAGUCAUCCCCGGAGACAAAAAAGAACUUUGUAUGUCUAGACUGUGAUUGUGUGUUUGAGGACAAAAAGCAGAUGAAGUGGCAUAAGAAAACCUGGAGCCACAAAACGAUCACAAUCGUGCCUCCUCCUAAUGCAAAGCAGGAGCCUGAGAAACCGCCACCACCCAGAGAGCCGAGACUGCCUCCAAAAUGCAGCCGAGGAAUGAUCUGCACCACUGAGAACCCUUGCAGACAUCACGAGAUCAAGGAGGAAAAUGCCCCUUACUACUGCCAGGAAUGCAAGUUACCUUUCAGAGCGCUUCGAUCGUACACGGUCCACUGUAAGCAACAUCUUAAAGAGGGCUUCAAGUGUACCCUGUGCAACCAGAAGUUUCAGUUCAAGAACUACAACAAUGUCAAAAGACAUCUCACCAAUAUUCACAAGAUCUCUGGUGACAGGACGAAAAACUACAUGGAGACUUUCCAUAACUUUGACCAGAACGCGCAACCCUUGCGACAUGUGAACCCAGAUGAUUUGGUGGAGGGUGUGGUUGUCGAGACUUCGGUGACAGAAACAAAAAUCCCAGAGGACAGUGAGCCCAUUCUGAAUGAGUUGGAGAAUGCUGAAAUCUCGAUAUCGGAGCCUGCUAGUCCCCGCUCCAAUAUUUCCAGGAGCCCAGGAUUUAUCGAGGGGCUGCUUGUUGAUGUUGGACUUUCUUUGGAGAUCUGUGAACGAAAACCGGAGUGGAUUGAAAGUGCCAAAUGCAAGUUUUGUAAGAUCGACUUCGAGAAUGUCCCGGAGAUGCUGCUCCAUGCUCACGAGGAACACGAUACGAACUACCACAAAGAGUUCCUCUCCCACUUCAUCACCCCCGAAGAUGCUGUCGAUGAAAUUUCAUCUGAUGAAGACGACAGUGAUAGUGAUGAUUCCGAUGAGUCUGAUUUUGGGGCACUAACAGGUGACAGAGAUCACGGUUUGAGUGAUAUGGAAGAUGAGGAAGAGCCGCCUUCUUCAGAGGACGGAGCUGAGGCGAUCUACCCAGCUAUCAGAAUCAAGAGACCUGGAGAAUCAUUGACAAACGGUGUUGUUAAGAAACAGAAGCUAGGUUUCAAAAACUCUGCUGCCAGUACUAGCAGCACGUUGGCGGUAUCUUCAGCAGAUUCAACGUCCCCUAACACUCCCGAACUGACUAGUACAAGUCCUGAAAUACCAGACGAAAUGUUUGGAGAAAGCGUUCAUGGACCAAAGCGCCAAUAUGCCUGCAUCCUGUGCAACACUGGAUUUACAGUGUACUUAGCUUGGUGGUACCAUUCCAAAUUGGAACACAAUUUCUCAAAUGUUGGCUACUACGGAGGAUGUGCAGAGAGCAAGUUACCCGGAAGUAACUAUGAGUCUAGCUCCAAGAAGAAUGUCAAGGCUGAGUGCCCGGAAUGUCACGCAGUUUUCAACCAGCGUCUUCUCCUCGAAAACCACCUUAAAGUACACCGAAAACCAAAGAUUUUCCAGUGUGAUUUCUGCUGCAAGAAAUUUAAUUCCUGUAAGAACGCCUCUCGGCACCGCCUCAAAUGUCACAGUGUUGUGGUGAACGGUCGGAAGUGCUAUUUAUGUAAGAGCUGUGAGAAGCACUUUCCACGUGCAGACGAUCUGAUUGAGCACGUGCAAGAGCAGCACGAUUCGGCCCCACCCACGUUCUGCUGCGCAACUUGUGGGAAAGUCUACAACAAGGAAUCAACCUUCGUUUCUCACAUCAGAGAGUGUGAACCUGAAUCAGGAAGUGGGAAGGCUAAGAGCUGAACUUUGCAGUGAUUUUAAUUUAUAAUUUAAUUGGUUUUUAGCCCGCGUUUAGGAUUGGAAUUUUAACAACAUUUUGUAUAAAAACUCAAUCGAACAAUCACAGUGACAAUAGGUUUGUAAUCAUCAGUAAGGUAAGCAGAUAAACUACGAAAUCUUUGGGGAACAAAGUGUUGAAUUUUUAUAUUCUUGUGAACAUAAUUUUCGUGAGAGUAAUGUCC